CUAACAUUCGGCUUUUUUCAUCUCACUUUGAUCGCCUCAAUGCUUUGAUGUUUGUUACGAGCGCAGUGUGCGCGUGUGUGCGCACGUGCGUGUAGUGAGUGUACGCACACACACACACACACACACACACACCGCGUAUGUGGAUAUUGAAUGCGGCUCUCGUGCACACGGUGACGUGACGUCUCCGCUCUUUACUCUCUGCGCGCUCCCGCUACUCUGUGCCGCGCGCUCCCGCUGACUGCGUGAGACUCUCGGAGCUGCUGCUGGACAAAAAGGAAGAAGUCGAAAGAAAGAGAGAGCGAGAGCGAGAGCGAGAGAGCGGGGAAAAGAGGGAUAAUGGCGGAGUGGUGGUGGAGCUGAACAGCAGGAUGAAGUGUUUCUUCUCGAAUCUGCUGCUUUUCUGUUCCUUCGCUCUGAGUGUCGGUUCUCCCCUGCUGCUCUUUGCUAAUCGGCGUGAUGUGCGCCUGGUGGACGCUGAGUCAGUGCGAGCGGACUCGGCUGUGUUGGUCAGUGAUCUGGAGGACGCUGCUGCUGUGGACUUCCUUUUCUCUGAGAGCCUGGUGUUCUGGACGGACGUCAGUGAGGAGGCCAUCAAACAGACCUUCUACAACCAGAGCAGCAACGCGGUAAAAGAAGCGGUACUGGGUUCUGGUCAGAAGGUGGUGGUAUCAGGUCUGGACUCCCCCGAUGGCUUGGCGUGUGAUUGGCUGGGACGUAAACUGUACUGGACCGACUCGGAGACGAACCGUAUUGAGGUGGCGAACCUGGACGGAACCUCACGCAAAGUUCUGUUCUGGCAAGAUCUGGACCAACCUCGAGCCAUAGCACUGAAUCCUGCACAGAGGUACAUGUAUUGGACAGAUUGGGGGGAGGAGCCAAGGAUUGAGCGCUCGGGGAUGGACGGCAGCAGCAGGAAGGUGAUUAUAGAGGAGGAUAUUUACUGGCCAAAUGGUCUGACCAUCGACCUGGACGAGCAGAAACUGUACUGGGCCGACGCCAAACUCAGCUUCAUCCACAGAGCCAACCUGGACGGCACCGCAAGAGAGACGGUGGUGGAAGGGACGCUCACACACCCGUUUGCUCUCACACUGUUUGAUGAGACGUUGUACUGGACAGACUGGCAAACUCGCUCCAUCCACUCAUGCAACAAACACACGGGGAACAACCGCAGAGAAAUCCUCAACGGCAUCUACUCACCCAUGGACAUCCAGGUGCUGGGGCAGAGGAGACAACCGUACAUUCAGACCCCCUGUAGUGAUGGAAAUGGAGGAUGUUCUCACCUGUGUCUGCUUUCACCAUCACCUCCAUUCUACAGCUGCUCCUGUCCUACCGGCGUCAAACUGCACCCUGACGGCAAAACCUGCAGACCAGGAGCGGAGGAGGUUCUGCUUCUGGCCCGUCGGACCGACCUGCGCCGGAUCUCUCUGGACCUCCCGGAUUUCACCGACGUGGUCCUCCAGGUGGGUGACGUGCGUCACGCCAUUGCCAUCGAUUACGACCCGGUGGAGGGCUACGUGUACUGGACGGACGACGAGGUGCGGGCGAUCCGGCGUUCCCGGCUGGACGGAAGCGAUGCCCACACACUGGUGAGCACAGAGGUGGAGCAUCCGGACGGCCUCGCUAUCGACUGGAUCGCACGCAACCUGUACUGGACCGACACGGGGACCGACCGCAUCGAGGUGACGCGCCUCAACGGCUCGGCCAGGAGAAUCCUCAUCUCUGAGGGUCUGGGUGAACCCAGGGCCAUCGUCCUCGACCCGGUCAGCGGAUACAUGUACUGGACGGACUGGGGUCAGAAGCCGAAGAUCGAGCGUGCUAAUCUGGACGGUUCUGAGCGCGUGGUGCUGGUAAACACGUCUCUGGGCUGGCCCAAUGGAUUAGCGCUGGAUUACGCUACGGGAAAGCUCUACUGGGGCGACGCUAAGACUGAUAAGAUCGAGGUGAUAAACGUGGACGGUUCGAACAGAGUGACUCUGCUGGAUGAUAAACUGCCGCACAUCUUUGGCUUCACGCUGCUGGGCGACUACAUCUACUGGAGCGACUGGCAGCGGAGGAGCAUUGAGCGAGUUCACACCACCAAGAUCACACGCGAGGUCAUUGUUGAGCAGCUGCCCGACCUCAUGGGCCUCAAAGCCACCAAAGUCACCAAGGUGUUCGGCACUAACGGCUGUAGUGAGUCCAAUGGUGGCUGCAGUCACCUGUGUUUUAACGGGCCGCGGGGAAUCACGUGCGCGUGUCCGAUGGGUCUGGAGCUCCUCAGCGAUCUGCGCACAUGCGUGGUUCCUGAAGCGUUCCUGCUCUUUACCAACCGCGCAGACAUCCGCAGCAUCUCGCUGGGAACCAACAGCAACGAUGUGGCCAUCCCACUCAGCGGCAUCAAAGAGGCUUCAGCGCUCGACUUUGACGUCGCAGAGAACCGAAUCUUCUGGACUGACGUUAACACCAAGACGAUUAGCCGUGCCUUUAUGAAUGGUAGCAGCGUGGAGGCGGUGAUCGAGUUCGGUCUGGAUUAUCCUGAGGGCAUGGCUGUGGACUGGAUGGGCAGAAACAUCUACUGGGCCGACACCGGAACCAACAGGAUCGAGGUGGCCCGUCUUGACGGUCAGUACCGGCAAGUUCUGGUGUGUAAAGACCUGGACAACCCUCGCUCGCUAGCACUGGAUCCUGCUAACGGGUAUAUGUACUGGACGGAGUGGGGGGGCCGGCCCCGUAUUGCCUGCGCUCACAUGGAUGGGACCAACAUCAUCACUGUGGUGGAUAAAGUGGGCAGAGCCAACGGUCUGACCAUCGACUACAUGGACCAGAGACUCUACUGGACUGACCUGGACACGUGCAUGAUCGAGUCCACCAACAUGCAGGGUCUGCAGCGUGAGAUUAUAGCUGAUGAUCUCCCACACCCGUUUGGUCUGACGCAGUACCGAGACUUUAUCUACUGGACAGAUUGGAACCUGCGCAGUAUCGAGCGAGCGGAUAAGCGGAGUGGGCAGAACCGCACUCUGGUGCAGGGACACGUUGAGUAUGUGAUGGACAUCCUGGUGUUCCACUCAUCACGCCAGGACGGAUCCAACCAGUGCUCCCACAACAACGGCCUCUGUGCCCACCUCUGUCUCGCCACUCCAUCAGGGGCUCAGUGUCGCUGUGCAUCACACUACACACUGCAGAGUAACGGUCACAACUGCAGCUCUCCCUCCAGUUUCCUGCUGUUCAGUCAGAAGAGCUCGAUCAGUCGGAUGGUUUUGGGGGAGCAGAGCCCGGAUAUGAUUCUGCCGAUUCACGUGUUAAAGAAUUUGCGAGCGAUCAGCUUCGACCCGCUGAAGCGCUUCAUCUACUGGAUUGAUGGGAAGCAGAGCAUCCGCAAGGCCCGGGACGACGGCUCUCAGGCAGCGACAGUGGUGUCCUCGACGCAGCCUCUGAAACAGCCACACGACCUGAGCUUGGAUCCGUUUAGCCGCACGGUAUACUGGACCUGUGAGAACACCAACACCAUCAACGUGCAGCGAAUGGACGGACAGACACUGGGAGAGGUGCUGAGGGACGACGUGGACAAACCCAGAGCUAUCGUCGUCAAUGCCGAGAAAGGCUACAUGUACUUCACCACGCUGCAGGAUCGCUCAGCUAAGAUCGAAGGAGCGUCUCUGGACGGGACGGAGCGCGAGUCCCUGUUCACGACCGGGUUGAUCCGGCCCGUAGCACUCACGCUGGAUAACAGACUGGGGAAGCUGUUCUGGGUGGACGCCGAUCUGAAACGCAUCGAGAGCAGCGAUUUGUCCGGAGCCAAUCGGAUCGUCCUCCAGGACUCCAACAUCCUGCAGCCGAUUGGACUGAGCGUGCUUGGAGAUCAUCUCUACUGGAUCGAUAAGCAGCAGCAGAUGAUAGAGCGUGUGGAUAAACGAAGCGGGGACAAGAGGACACGGAUCCAGGGCCGGAUUCAGUCUCUGACUGGAGUUCAUGCCGUGGAGCUCAUGGAGACCGACGAGUUCUCCUCCCAUCCUUGUUCCCGUGACAACGGAGGAUGUUCGCACAUCUGCAUUGCCAAGGGAGACGGGACUCCGCGAUGCUCAUGUCCUAUACACCUGGUACUGCUGCAGAACCUGCUCAGCUGUGGAGACCCCCCCACGUGUUCGGCAGACCAUUUCACAUGUGCGACGGGUGAAAUCGACUGCAUCCCAAUGGCCUGGAGGUGCGAUGGGAUUGCUGAGUGCUCCGACCACAGCGAUGAGAUGAACUGCCCCGUGUGCUCCGAGCAGCAGUUUCAGUGUCACGGUGGUCAGUGUGUCGAUGCUAAACUGCGCUGCAACGGAGAACAGGACUGCACUGACGGCUCCGAUGAACUCGACUGCAACACUAUCUGCUUGCCAAACGAGUUCCGCUGUAAAAAUAACAAAUGCAUCUCGAAGAAGCAGCAGUGCGACUCGUACCCCGACUGCUCAGACGACUCAGAUGAGCUGUUCUGCGAUUUCCCUCCACCCAGUGGAGACGAGCGUCACACCAACACCAUCGGGCCAGUGAUCGGGAUCAUCCUGUCGGUGUUUGUGUUGGGCGGAAUGUGUUUUGUGUGUCAGCGAGUCGUGUGUCGCCGUUACAAAGGGCCGACUGGGGGAUUCCCUCAUGAUUACAUCACCGGGACCGCCCACGUCCCUCUGAACUUCAUCAGCACCAAUAACUCACAACAUGCUAACUGUACAGGUAUAUCAUGUGGGAAGUCCAUCGUGAGCUCGGUCAGUCUGAUGGGCAGCAGCAGCAGUGGAGCUCCUCUGUACGACAGGAACCAUGUGACUGGAGCUUCAUCCAGCAGCUCAUCCAGCACCAAAGCUGCCUUUUACCCUCAGAUUCUGAAUCCUCCUCCAUCACCAGCUACAGAUCGCUCGCUCUACAACACUGAAGUGUUUUAUUCGUCCAACAGUCCAUCCACGACUAGGUCCUACAGGCCUUAUGUAAUGCGAGGUGGAGCUCCGCCCACUACCCCCUGCAGCACAGACGUGUGUGAUAGUGACUACACACCCAGCCGCUGGAAGAGCAAUAAGUACUACAUGGAGGUGAACUGGGACUCGGAGCCAUGCCCACCCCCGCCCACCCCACGCAGCCACUACAUGUCCGCCGAGGAGAGCUGUCCUCCAUCUCCCUCCACCGAGCGCAGCUACUUCCACCUGUGUCCACCUCCACCCUCACCCUGCACUGACUCGUCCUGACCCCACACACACACACACACACACACACACAGCCAUGUGGGCCUCGCUCGGUCCUCGGUCCUUCACACACGUUUCUUGAUGUAAAAGAAACGAAACCAAACAGACGUUAUUUUCUACAGCGGAGAUGUUGUACAUAUGUAUAAUAAAGUAAAUAAUAAUAAUGACAAUAAGGAUAAUAACAGUAAUAAUAAUAAUAAUAAUAAUAAUAAUAAUGACGCAUCGCCGCCUCAGUCGUCAUGGUGAUGUCUCCUGUGUCUAUGUGAAUUCUUUUAACGAAUUACGAAGUUUGGCUAGUUCUGUUUACCAAAAGUGUGUUUGCUGCUAUUGUACAUAAUAAUCCUUUAAUCCGAAUAGUCAGUCACGCCUCGACACGUGUACAUAUUUAAAUAAAUUAAUACGAAUAUUAAUCUGA